AGUCAAUACUUAGAAGCUUAAAAAGAGAGAGAGAGAGAGAGAUACAAGAAUUACGUAUACGGCGUAGGAUGAGGUGAAACAGAGGAGAAAGAAGUGUGAGCCUGUUUAGGGCUCCAAAGGUCAAACAAAAAACAUAACCGGUGGCGCCGGUCUAUGGUUGUGAUGGGGUUUUGAAGUUGUCCCAGAGGAACAGUGAGAAUCUUUUGAAGGAUUUGUGCGGAUUGCCAUUUCUAGCUUUUCUUCUGAGCUUUUGGUGCAAGGAAAAUGGCGCAACGUUCACAUGUACCUAAGUUUGGAAAUUGGGAAAGUGAAGAGAAUGUCCCAUAUACGGCCUAUUUUGACAAGGCAAGGAAGGGCAGGAGUGGGUCGCCAAUGACAAAUCCAAAUGACCCUCAAGAAUAUGCAAAUGCAAUUUCUGGUGACAAGUCUCCAGCUCGAGCUCCUGUAUUAAAGACUGGAGCUGAACCUGAGGCAGCAGUGAUACCAGGAGUACGGCCAAAUCAUGAGCGCCGAUCAAGCAGGGAAGAUGGUGACCUUAGGCGAUCAAGUGAUUCUCCAGCUCGCUAUGAUAAUGUAGUACGAAAAACUGGCGACUCCAGGACUGGCAGGAAAAGUGGUGGUUCAAGCAUUGAACAGUCACCCAUCCAUCCCCAGCAAGCAAGAGUUUCAGGCAAAGGGACUGGGGUAUCUUCACCCUCCUGGGAAAGAAAGGGUUCAUCUGAACAUAACCAUGGCUUAGCUCCCUCAACCCCUGUGAGAUCGCGACUGAGAACGGCUACCCGAGGAGAUGAAACUCUUGAUAAAGGGGCUGCUGUACCAAAAUUUGGUGAAUGGGAUGAGAAAGAUCCAGCAUCGGCUGAUGGGUAUACUCACAUCUUCAAUAUAGUGAGGGAGGAGAGGCUGGGUGGUGGUGGGUCAGGAAAGGUACCAGUAGUGCCAAGUUCUUCCAAUGGUUAUCGGCAGGACAACAAUAAUGAUUCUACUGCUGCUUGCUGCUUUGGGUGGUGCAGAAAAUGAUGUUUUCUUUGUCAGUGGUUGAAUAUAGCAUGUUUGGAACUGUGAAUAGCUCCGAAGGGUGUCUAUAGAGUUUAGACAGUGCAUUCUUUCACCAUACUAGUGAGCUUACUGUGAUGAUAAACAUGAGAGUUAUCUGGGGAAAGCAUUUCCUUAUCUGUACUUCUUUUUACCCCUGUUUUUCCUACUCUUUUUUAUAUUUCUCACUUCUUCCUGUGUACCUCAAUGCCUUCUUCACCUUCUAAUUUGCCAAUUAAAUUUGGUAAGAGACCACAUAUAAAAAUUUGUUUAUUCUCUUCCAAA